AUGCCUCCCCUCGUCAUGCGUUUCCAUUCGUCACCCGCGUUUCCUUUCGUCACCCGCGUUUCCCUUCGUCACGUGCGUUUCACUUCGUCACGCGCGUUUCCCUUUGGCACGCGCAUUACCCCUCGUCACGCACGUUUCCCCUCGUCACGCGCGUUUCCCCUCGUCUCGCGCAUUUCCCCUCGUCUCGCACGCUUCCCCCCUCCCUUCGCCCUGCUUCCCCCCUCCCUCUGCCCUGCUUCCCCCCUCCCUCUGCCCUGCUUCCCCCUCCCUAUGCCCUGCUUCCCCCCUCCCUCUGCCCUGCUUCCCCCUCCCUAUGCCCUGCUUCCCCCCUCCAACCGCCAAGCUUCCCCCCUCCCUUCGCCCUCCUUCCCCCCUCCCUUCGCCCUGCUUCCCCCCUCCCUCUGCCAUGCUUCCCCCCUCCCUCUGACCCUGCUUCCCCCCUCCCUUCGCCCUGCUUCCCCCCUCCCUCUGCCAUGCUUCCCCCCUCCUUCUGACCCUGCUUCCCCCUCCCUAUGUCCUGCUUCCCCCCUCCCUCCUCCUUGCUUCUCCCCUCCCUCCUCCCUGCUUCCCCCCUCCCUUCGCCCUGCUUCCCCCCUCCCUCUGCCCUGCUUCCCCCCUCCCUCCACCCUGCUUCCCCCCUCCCUCCUCCCUGCUUCUCCCCUCCCUCCUCCCUGCUUCCCCCCUCCCUCUGACCCUGCUUCCCCCUCCCUAUGCCCUGCUUCCCCCCUCCCUACGCCAAGCUUCCCCCCUCCCUUCGCCCUGCUUCCCCCCUCCCUCCACCCUGCUUCCCCCCUCCCUCCACCCUGCUUCCCCCCUCCCUCCGCCUGCUUCCCCCCUCCCUCCUCCUUGCUUCCCCCCUCCCUCUGCCCUGCUUCCCCCCUCCCUCUGCCCUGCUUCCCCCUCCCUAUGCCCUGCUUCCCCCCUCCAACCGCCAAGCUUCCCCCCUCCCUUCGCCCUCCUUCCCCCCUCCCUUCGCCCUGCUUCCCCCCUACCUCUGCCAUGCUUUCCCCCCUCCCUCCUCCUUGCUUCUCCCCUCCCUCCUCCCUGCUUCCCCCCUCCCUUCGCCCUGCUUCCCCCCUCCCUCUGCCCUGCUUCCCCCCUCCCUCCACCCUGCUUCCCCCCUCCCUCCUCCCUGCUUCUCCCCUCCCUCCUCCCUGCUUCCCCCCUCCCUCUGACCCUGCUUCCCCCUCCCUAUGCCCUGCUUCCCCCCUCCCUACGCCAAGCUUCCCCCCUCCCUUCGCCCUGCUUCCCCCCUCCCUCCACCCUGCUUCCCCCCUCCCUCCACCCUGCUUCCCCCCUCCCUCCGCCUGCUUCCCCCCUCCCUCCUCCUUGCUUCCCCCCUCCCUCUGCCCUGCUUCCCCCCUCCCUCCUCCUUGCUUCUCCCCUCCCUCCUCCCUGCUUCCCCCCUCCAACCGCCCUGCUUCCCCCCUCCCACCGCCCUGCUUCCCCCCUCCCUAUGCCCUGCUUCCCCCCUCCUUCUGCCCUGAUUCCCUCCUCCCUCCGCCCUGCUUCCCCCCUCCCUAUGCAGCGGGGCUAACAGGGGGGAAGGAGGGGAAGCAGGGGGGGAAAGGAGGGGAAGGAGGGGCAGAAAGGAGGGGAAGGAGGGGCAGAAAGGAGGGGAAGCAGGGCGGGAAAGGAGGGGAAGGAGGGGGGGAAAGGAGGGGAAGCAGGGGGGGAAAGGAGGGGAAGGAGGGGCGGAAAGGAGGGGAAGCAGGGGCGGAAAGGAGGGGAAGGAGGGGCAGAAAGGAGGGGAAGCAGGGGGGGAAAGGAGGGGAAGGAGGGGCGGAAAGGAGGGGAAGCAGGGGCGGAAAGGAGGGGAAGGAGGGGCGGAAAGGAGGGGAAGCAGGGGGGAAAGGAGGGAAGCAGGGGCGGAAAGGAGGGGAAGGAGGGGCGGAAAGGAGGGGAAGCAGGGGGGGAAGGAGGGAAGCAGGGGCGGAAAGGAGGGGAAGGAGGGGCGGAAAGGAGGGGAAGCAGGAGGGGGAAGGAGGGAAGCAGGGGCGGAAAGGAGGGGAAGCAGGGGGGGAAAGGAGGGGAAGGAGGGGCGGAAAGGAGGGGAAGCAGGGGGGGAAAGGAGGGGAAGGAGGGGCGGAAAGGAGGGGAAGCAGGGGGGGAAAGGAGGGGAAGGAGGGGCGGAAAGGAGGGGAAGCAGGGGGGGAAAGGAGGGGAAGGAGGGGCGGAAAGGAGGGGAAGCAGGGGGGAAAGGAGGGGAAGGAGGGGGGGAAAGGAGGGGAAGGAGGGGCGGAAAGGAGCGUGUGCUGCGCGUCGCCAGCACCGCGCGCUGCUCGUCGCCCGGACUCCACCGCUGAUAGUCGCGCGGUCACGCGGGCUGCUCGUCACCCGGUGCGCGGGCUGCUCGUCACACGGUGCGCGGGCUGCUCGUCACCCGGUGCGCGGGCUGCUCGUCACACGGUGCGCGGGCUGCUCGUCGCCCGGUGCGCGGGCUGCUCGUCACCCGGUGCGCGGGCUGCUCGUCGCCCGGUGCGCGGGCUGCUCGUCACCCGGUGCGCGGGCUGCUCGUCGCCCGGUGCGCGGGCUGCUCGUCACCCGGUGCGCGGGCUGCUCGUCGCCCGGUGCGCGGGCUGCUCGUCACCCGGUGCGCGGGCUGCUCGUCACACGGUGCGCGGGCUGCUCGUCACCCGGUGCGCGGGCUGCUCGUCACCCGGUGCGCGGGCUGCUCGUCGCCCAGUGCGCGGGCUGCUCGUCACCCGGUGCGCGGGCUGCUCGUCACCCGGUGCGCGGGCUGCUCGUCACACAGUGCGCGGGCUGCUCGUCACCCGGUGCGCGGGCUGCUCGUCACCCAGUGCGCGGGCUGCGCGUCGCCUGGAACGUGAGAUGCUACUAGAUACCUGGAGCGGGGACUCGCGCGGUCCGCUCCUUCGCCCUUUGAGUGCUCUGCUCCACGCCCGGUGGGCGAUUCGAGGGGACCGAAUCGCGUCCGCUCUCUUCUAG